CACGUGGGCAGGCUGCAAAGGAGGUUUGCCAUGGAUGGAACAGCCAAGCUGGAGAAGGCUCCGUCUCAACGCAGGGAGGUCUGGGCUCGCCGCGCCGAGUUCGUCCUGGCAUCCGUGGGAUACGCGGUCGGCAGUGGCAAUGUGUGGCGAUUCCCUUUCAUUUGUUACCGCAACGGAGGGGGAGCCUUCCUUAUCCCCUAUGUUACCAUGGUGGUCCUGGUUGUCAUCCCCAUGGUCUUCCUGGAGUUUGUUCUAGGCCAAUCCACCCAAAGGGGCACAACCAAGGCAUUUGCCCUGAUAUGCCCGCUUAUGAAAGGAUUAGGUUUUGCUCCAGUAAUAAUGUCGUACCUGACAUGCAUCUACUUCAACACAAUUGUGGGCUGGACUCUCUUCUACCUGCUAAGCUCGUUCAGCAACCCACUACCCUGGACAUAUUGCAACGCCACCUGGAAUGUCGCAGAAAACUGCUCCACAAGUGACUACAGCAACGCCACUCACCUGAGCUCUCCAAGCCAGCAGUUCUUCAACUACCGGUUGCUGGGGAUCAGUGAGGGGAUCGACAUGGUGGGGAAUAUUCAGUGGCAGCUAGUUGGCCUAAUUGUUCUAGCUUGGCUAACAGAGUACCUCUGCCUCUUCAAGGGAUUGCAAUUAACUGGAAAGGUGGUGUACUUCACGUCUCUGUUCCCGUAUGUUGUGCUGCUGUCUCUGCUCAUCAACAACGUGCGUCUGCCCGGAGCUACCGAUGGCAUCCUCUUCUUCCUCACGCCACAGUGGCACAGACUCCGAGAAGUCCAGAUUUGGAUCGAUGCAGCAUCUCUGAUUCUCUUCUCCACCGGAGUUGGCUUUGGUGUAAUGGUUUCCAUGGCUAGCUACAACAAGUUCAGCGACAUCCUCAGGGAUUGUGUUGUAGUGUGUGUUGCUAACUCAGCCACCAGUAUCUUUGCUGGCCUCGUCAUCUUCUCUGCUAUUGGCUACUUGGCCCACCUGCGCCACCUUCCUGUGGAAGACAUUGCAGUGGCAGGACCUGGAUUGGCAUUCAUUGUUUAUCCAGAAAUUCUCACCCUCAUGCCUGUAGCACAGCUUUGGGCUGUUAUGUUUUUCUUCAUGCUCUUCCUCCUCUGUCUGGGUAGUCAGUUUCCUCUCAUAGAGGUGGCGGUGACAUUUGUGAAAGAUAGUUUCGGUGCGAUGCUGCCCCCUUCUGUCAGACGCAAGGAAGUGCUGGUGGCCCUGGUCUGCAUACCUGGGUUUCUACUUAACAUCUUGUGUGUCACACAGGGAGGAGUGUAUUUGUUUAAUCUGAUGGACCACUUCACGGCCUCUAUGUCAGUUUUGACAGUGGCUUUUUCAGAGGUGGCCGUCGUCAUAUGGAUCUUUGGGAUCCGUCGCUUCUCUGUGCUUGUGCAGAGGAUUACGGGCAGGCCCCCUCCUCUGUUCUUUAAGGCCUGCUGGCUGGUCAUCACCCCAGUCCUGCUCUUUGUGAUACUGAUCACUAGCUUUGUCCAGUACUCACCCCCACGGUAUGGGAAGAGCUACGAGUACCCGGUGUGGGCUCAGGUCCUGGGCUGGAUGUUCACACUGGCCUCCAUGGUCUGGAUCCCUCUGGGGGCCCUACACGAGCUCUACCUCCGGAAGGGCACACUGAUACAGCGUCUAAGAGCAUCCGUAGUUCCUGAGCUGUCUGUUAUUGACCCUCCCAAACACCAGAGGCAGUCUGUUCCUUUGAGUAGCAUCUGACAGCAGCCAGCAUGCCACACGCACGCACGCACACACACACGCACGCACGCACGCACACGCAUGCGCAGACACAAACCUGCACAGUGCACACAUUCAAUCUCAUAACACACACACACACACACACACACACACACACACACACACACACACACACACACACACACACACACGUGUGCGCACACACACAAACACAUGCACACACAGACACAGACACAGACACAGACACACACACACACACACACACACACACACACACACUGAAUGGUUUGGCAGCUAAAUUGAUCCUCUUUAUUUCAUCUUCCACUCUCACGAAUACCCUUUUAUAUAUUAAAAUCAAAUGAAAUGGUUAUCAUUCCACGAUAACCAAUCCACAGUACUAUAUUUAUGUAUUUUGUGACAUUAUGCAAUAUUGUUGUGACUUUUGAACACUCAACUUAGCAGUUGGAUCAACUUAAGUGUGGAGUUGGAUUUCAGAAGAAGCCAAAUUGUCAUUGUUUCAGAGACUAUUGACUUAUUUCAGUAAAAUGCAUUUUAAAUAUCAAAUAGGGGGAGACUUGG